AUAUGGCGGAACGCAAAAAUUAACAAAAAAAAAAGUGUUUUUAAAACUAAAGUGAUUAAUAUUGCAAAAAAAGUUUGAUGCCCAAUAAAAUUAAUAAAGUACAAAUAAUAAAAUAAAAAAACGUACAAAAUGCGCCAAUUGUAUAGCAAGCGAACCAAUCUAAGCCGUGAUUGUGCUUGAAUUUCCCGUGUGUGUGUACGUGCCAGUUUGUUUGUGUGUGUGUUUGCUCACGAGCCGCAAUGCGAUUUGCGCACCAAUUCUUAUUACGUGACCUCGAGAACGCCGCUAAGGCUAAAACAAAGUGGAUUAUUGAAAAUAGAAACAAACGCAAAUAAAUAAAUAACCACAAGGCAUCAGUGAGAAAUAUUGUAAAUUUUUAGGAAUAAAGUGAGACAAUAGUGCGGGAAAUUCAUAGAAAGAGGUAGAGAGAGAGUGUGAGUGAGUAGGUUGGUUGUCCUCCAAACAUGUCCGGAGGACGCGAUAGCAGCGCCAGUAGCGGCAGCAAUGGAAACUCAACAACAACUGCCACAUCUCCAGGAGCAUCUACGCAGCAGCAGCGGCAACGCGGUCGUCCGGCAAAGCGGGCAACAUGCACAUGGUGCGGCGAGGGUAAAUUGCCGCUCCAAUAUGUCCUGCCCACGCAUUCCGGCAAAAAGGAAUUCUGCUCCGAGACAUGUAUAGCCGAGUUCCGUAAGGCGUACAGCAAGGGGGCGUGUACGCAAUGCGACAAUGUUAUACGAGAAGGAGCACCGGAUAAGGCAUUUUGUUCGAUGAUGUGUAUGAACAAGCAUCAGAAGAAAAAUGGCUCAACGAGAGGUCAUGGCCAUGGAGCAGGUGGCACCGGUAGUGCUGGAGCGGGUAGCGGUAAAGGAGUGACUGCGGAGGGUGAGCGCAAAUUGCUGAGCAGUGGAGCGCCCGCCCCAACGGGACCCUUUCAGUAUGAGAGUUUUCAUGUCUUUGAUUGGAUUGCUUACUUAGAGGAAACUGGCAGUGAGGCUGCUCCUGCAGAAUGCUUUAAACAGGCUCUCAAUCCUCCAAUCAAUGACUUUAAGAUUGGGAUGAAACUGGAAGCUUUAGAUCCGCGUAAUGUCACCUCCACUUGUAUAGCCACUGUGGUUGGUGUGUUGGGCUCAAGAUUACGCCUGCGUCUCGAUGGCAGCGACUCACAAAAUGAUUUCUGGCGUCUUGUUGACUCAACGGAAAUCCAUGCCAUCGGGCAUUGUGAGAAGAAUGGAGGAAUGCUGCAACCCCCGUUGGGCUUCCGGAUGAAUGCUUCCAGCUGGCCGGGCUAUUUAUGUAAGAUUCUCAACAAUGCCAUGGUAGCACCUGAGGAAAUCUUCCAGCCAGAGCCACAGACACCUGCAGAGAAUCUGUUCAAGGUGGGACAGAAACUAGAGGCUGUGGAUAAAAAGAAUCCUCAGUUGAUAUGCUGUGCCACCGUCGAUGCCAUCAAGGAUGACCAGAUCCAUGUGACCUUCGAUGGUUGGCGUGGAGCAUUUGAUUAUUGGUGCAAUUAUAGAUCCCGAGAUAUCUUCCCAGCUGGCUGGUGUGCCCGAAGUUGUCAUCCCAUGCAACCGCCUGGCCACAAAUCCCGCAUGGAUUCGGGUGCCAAUAAACAGCGUUGUCCACGUCCCCGUUAUACGGUGGUGGCUGAAGCUGAUGCCAUGGUUCCUGCCUCACCGGUGACGGCGCAUUUCCAUCCCAAUUGCAAGGGUGGACCCUUUAUCAAUAGCUCUAAAUUGCCCUCAAUGGUCACGGGGCCGACACAUCAGACGCUGGCCAAGCUCUGCCUGCAGGAAGUGCUGGCAGCGAGCACGGAUAAUCAACAGUUGUCGAAAUUGCUUUUUGCCCUGGAGGGUGAUGUGCAUAUUGUUACGGCGGCUGGAAAGAAUUUCACUGUGAAAAUUCCUUCGCCACUGCGCAUGAAGGAUGAUGAGAGUCUGGCGCAGUUUAUUGAGACACUGUGCACCACAUGCCGGGCAUGUGCGAAUCUCAUCUCGCUGGUCCCUGAGACGGAGGAAUGCAAAAAAUGUGCCCAAAGUCGAAAACGUCAGCUAAAUACAUCUCAAGCCACGCCACCAUCCUCGCCCAUAUUGUCCGAUAAGCGGAGUAGACAAUCGAAAUCGGCAACACCCACUCCAACAUCAUCGCCGGAGAAGCCAUUGAUUGUUAAGCAAGAGAUGGGCACAGCUAAAUCUCCGGCAGAGAUAAAAAAUAAUAAAAGCAAUGGCAAGGAUGCCCUAAAUCAGAAUCACAAUAACAACAAUAGCAACAACAAUAAUAAUAAUAAUCAUAAUCAUAAUAACACCAGCACGAGCAGCAGCAGCAGCAAUGAAAGCGGAGAGGCUAGUCCCAAAAUGACUAUCAAACAGGAACCCAAUGGCCUGGCAUCAGCAUCUGCCACCACGACGCAGGCAUUGCGGAAGGUGCGAUUCCAGCAUCAUAACAACAACAUCAACAAUAGCAAUGGAACUCAAGAGUCAAGCCCAAGCAGUAGUAAUGUGCCCUCACCGUCGUCUUCCUCCUCCUCAUCAACAUCGUCCAGCACCAACAGCAGCAACUUGGCCGGUGGCACAGCCAACACCAAUUCGAUUGGCAAAUACAUGGCUCCGUUGGUGGCUGAAGUUCAUCCGGAGCAAGCGAAUGCCAAGUCCUCGAAUAACUAUUACAAAUCACCCACGACUCUCUCAUCCAGCGCUUCGUUGCCCACAUCGGUGUCGACGCCGUUUAGUGCCUCACAAACGGCAGCUAAGGCAGCCACUGCACCGGCGGCAGCGUCCACGGCGGCAGCUGCCAAAACGUAUGCUGGUGCUGGAACGACAGCAAUUACUACUACCACCUCACCCCAUGCACCGAACACACCGACAUCUGCGACAUCGACGCAUUUGCGAUCACAGCCCAUCGAUUGGUCCAUUGAGGAAGUUAUCCAAUAUAUCGAAAGCAAUGACAAUUCGUUGGCUGUGCACGGAGAUCUCUUUCGGAAGCAUGAAAUUGAUGGGAAAGCUUUACUAUUACUCAACUCAGAGAUGAUGAUGAAGUACAUGGGCCUUAAACUGGGACCAGCCUUAAAAAUCUGCAAUCUAGUUAAUAAAGUCAACGGGCGACGAAAUAAUCUGGCAUUGUAAAAAACAAAAAAGCAACAAAUUGGUAAAGACAAAUUGUCCCAAGACGAUUCGAGAUGCAUGAUGAUGAAGAUAAUGAAGAGUGUUAACAAAUUAGUACCUCCUUAAAAAAAAAAACAAACAAAAAACGUAACAAAUUACAAUGAUUAAAAAAAAUUAAUAAAAAUUAUGCAUAGAGAGAAUCUGUUGACAGAAUAAUAGAGAAGAGAGACAUGAUAAGAAGAAGCACCUACAAAACUAUAAUUUUACAUAAUUUAAAAUCUUUCACAAAUCGAAAACAUUCUAAUGCGAAUAAUGUCAAACAUGCACGCGCCUAAACACAACCAACAAACAAACAAACACAUAAAACUCGAUGGACUCCCGGAAAUGAAAACAAACAAACAAAAUGACACUUGAAGAAAUUCCCGCAUAUUCGAAAUAUCAGUCUUUCAUAUAACAAAAGGAAAAAGAAAAACACGAAAACUAAAUCUAAACUAUAUAU